AUGGCACCCCCAGAAAGCUACCACGCCCUUCCAUUUCAGGAGAUCUCAAUCUCCCAUGUCCCUGCAACAUCCCCGACACCCACCAGCGUCGUCCUCCUCACCCUCAACCGACCACAGAGACUCAAUGCCGUCACCGCGCAGAUGAUCGAGGAAUUGGUCGCCGUGUACGAGUAUUUCAAGGCAGAUGAUCGAAUCAAAGCUGUCGUGGUGACUGGUGCUGGAAAGGGGUUUUGCGUGGGAGCGGAUCUUGGGAUCGGGUUUGGGAAAUUGCUGCAGCAGUUGAAGGAGAAUCCUUCGAAAAUGAUGGAUGAGUAUCGGGAUGGAGGAGGUCGCGUCGCGCUGGCAAUGUACAACUGCCACAAACCCAUCAUCAUGGCGAUCAACGGCCCCGCGGCUGGGUUCGGAAUCACAAUGACACUCCCAGCGACAAUCCGCGUGGCAAGUGCCGAUGCGAAGAUUAGCUUCGCCUUCUCACGACGUGGACUCGUUAUGGAGGCGUGCAGUUCGUAUUUCCUGCCCAGGCUCGUGGGGCUUUCGCGUGCAUUGCAUUUGGUGACCACCGGGGAAAGCUAUGAGGCGUCGGACCCGUCACUGAACCAACUCUUCUCUGAAGUGUUACCUUCACCGGAGAAGACAGUUGAGAGAGCUCUUCAGAUUGCUGCGGAUAUCGCAAAGAACACGUCCACCGUGAGUACGACUGUUAUGCGCGAUAUGAUGUAUAGAGGCCCGUCAAGCGCAGAAGAGACCCAUUUGUUGGACUCGAAGGUCUUUCUGGGAAUGCUCAUGUCGAAAGAUAGCCAGGAAGGUAUUAAGAGCUUUUCUCAGAGGAGGGAACCGGAGUUCAAGGGGAGUAUGGCUCGUGAUGCGCCGUGUGGUUGGCCAUGGUGGGAUGCAACGCACACGGAGGGAGGCAAGACGAAGCUCUAG